UAAACGCAUAAAAAAACGAUUUGUUUUGCAAACAGAGCUAAUUUUAUCAAAGAAAAUAAAGCUGCCAAAAGAUAUGGACGACAGCGUUAUAUUGCUGGACGACACGCCUACUUGUUUGGAAAUACCUGACACUGAUGUAGAAGAUGGGGAGCUUGAAGAUGACGUAGAAAUCAUUCCGCUCGAGAAUGCGGUCCCAAAUGAGACCACCUCUGCCGCCAAAUCUGAGACUGAAAAAAAUGAACAAGAAACUACACCAGAAGAAUCGAAUAACCUGGUUUUCGAAGUCAAGUUUCGGACUAAAGCUAAUUUCAAAAGUCUCAAAAGACAAUUUCUUCAAGUUCUGGGGACCAUGUUUUGUGAUAAAAACUUUGAUUUCAAGACAGAUUCAAAAUCGCUUGUCAUAUCGGCGUAUGAAAGGAAUGAGAUCUCAGAAGAAGAACCAUCUUCCCCAGCCCCGGACCUUGCAGAUCUCUUUAUGAUUGACACUCAGCCGGCUGAAAAACUGAUAGCCUCUCAGGUGCCCUCGUACAAGCGCUGCAACACAGAUAUUCUGGAUGAGAAAACGGAGGACCGUAAAAAGAAAAGAGAGGAGGCUGUUAACAAGUGCUUUCGGCCCAAAGCGCAGUCCUCGUGCUUCAACUGUGGCGACACAGAUCACUCCCUGCGCGAGUGCCCCAAGCCAAGGAACAAUGCUCGGAUACAGCGUGCACGCAAAAACAACAGCAACACUACGAAGCGGUAUCACGUGGAAACGGCACAACGUUUUGGCCACAUACGUCCUGGAAAAAUCAGCACUAAGACGCGUCAUGCCAUGGGCUACACACGGAGACAGCUACCCUUUAUGUUUUAUCGCAUGCGGGUGCUUGGAUACCCGCCAGCCUGGCUGGAGGAGGCUCGGGUUCAGAGCUCAGGCAUAGCUCUCUUUAAUGCAGAUGGAACCGAAGUCAGCAAGUCGGACGAAGAAGAAGGCGAGUCCGACACAUUUAAAUACGAUAUCAACAAAAUUGUAGAGUAUCCCGGCUUUAAUGUUGAUCCCGGAGACAAAUAUUUUGAUGACUUUAGGCAUCAUAAUGUGCCCCCUUACCAAGAAUCGAACUCCAAGGAACAUUUCAUCAAAUCGCUGGGCGAGAACGUGAUCAACGGUUACCGACGCAAGAAACUGGUGGAUCUUCCUGCGCCGCACGACGAGGCUACCUCCCCCGCUGAGGAGCCGAUCAGCUUAGGCGAAUGCGAUAUGGAAGUGGUCGAUGAAGCGGAAGAUCCACCACUGCCGCCGUCAACUAAUCUUCCACCUCCACCGCCACCACCUGCGCAGAACGAACGCAUGCCUUCGCCAAGUCUGGAGGAUUUGAAGGUUCAGCAAGAAAAGCUAUUGCAACAGCUGGACUCCAAUACCUCGUUAGAUACAACGGCGAAUGAUUCAAAAUCUUUGAUUAUUUUGGAUUCCUCAACCGAUGACGUAGAGUCAAUCGCUAUACCCCAAACGCAGUCAGCUCCCCCGACUCCCACGGGUACGAGACGACCUAGUCAACCUUUCAAAGCCUCAUUUGAGGGCACUCCUGUGCUGAAGUUCUCCGUAUAUGACAAGCUUCCGGUAGGCAGCAACUUUAAGGUCGGCGUCAGCGAUGUCAUAAACUUUGAAAAUCUACCCGACUCUACGGGCAAAUACGAACAAAUGAAGGAUCUUCUGAAGAACGUACGAGAUAAGAUGGACAAGCUGCAAAAGGAAACUUGACGCUGAAGUGAAACCUACCGACAUCAUCCAUCCCACCAAACGUACAACCAUAGAGAUUUUAAAAAUACCAUAGUGCUUUUAGCUUUGUACAAAUAAUACGGCCAAUACAAACAUUUGGUUUUUUAAAGUGUA